UAUUUAAAAGAUCGAUUUUAGAUUGAAAAACCCUAGGCCCAUCCGGUCAAUCCUGUGUCGAUAUUUGUGGCAUAUUUGUGGGUUUUUUUUUAAUUUUUAAUACAAAGAAGAUUGUGACAAUUAGAGAUAAUGAUGCAAGCGAUGAGGAGAACACUUUUUUCAACAGCUUUACGUAGGAAGGAUGGAGUGAUGAGGUCCAAGCACACACUUCCUGAUUUGCCCUACGAUUACAAAGCCCUCGAGCCGAUAAUCUGCGCCGAGAUAAUGCAGCUUCAUCAUUCCAAACACCACGCGACAUACGUCAACAACUUAAACAUCGCCGAGGAGAAGCUCAAGGAAGCUGCUGCCAAGGGUGAUGUCAGCAGUCAAAUCGCCCUGGCCCCUGCCAUCAAAUUCAACGGCGGUGGACACCUCAAUCACUCCAUUUUCUGGUGCAAUCUCUCUCCACACUCCAGCAAGCCUGAUCCUGCACUUGUAAAAAAAAUCGAGCAGGACUUCACGAGCUUCGAUGAGUUCAAGAAGCGUCUGUCCGAGGCCACAGUGGGGAUCCAGGGUUCAGGCUGGGGCUGGCUGGGUUACAAUCCCAAGGAUAAAAAAUUACAAAUCACCACGUGCGCUAAUCAGGACCCUCUCCAGGCUACGACCGGCCUGAUUCCUCUAUUCGGAAUAGACGUGUGGGAGCACGCCUAUUAUCUCCAGUACAAGAACGUACGUCCUGAUUACGUUAAAGCCAUAUUCGAUAUUGCUAAUUGGGAGGAUAUUAGCGAGAGAUUCAAGAAAGCUGCUGGAUGCUAAACUCCACGGUCUCCACUCCAGGGAACUGUCGAUUAUUAGAUUCACACUGUGCAUUUGAAUAGAUUCGACGCACGAGACGAGAAGAAUAAUCUAGGCCCUUCUAAAACCAAGCGGAGGUAGUCUACAUUUUUUUUUAUGAUUAAAAUUGUUAUUAAAAAUCAAUUCUUGUUAUUUCUUUAUCAUAUCUUCAUAAUAUCAAAUCGA